UGCUACAAGAAGUACGAGCCCGAGAAAGUGUAUUACUAUGUGCUGCGAGUGGAUCGUCAGUUCCAACCCGACCCGAGUUAUAUUCACAGAACUUAUCGCGAAUUUAUUGAAUUUAACGAAAAACUUAACAAUUUCUAUCCGUUGGCGAAGUUUCACGUAUUGCCGCGUUCUUCGAAUCUGAUUCGUGGCAAUACUCGAGAUGCGGCCCUUCAGAGGAUGCAUGACAUCAGCCUUUUUCUCAAAGGACUCAUGCUUUUGGCCCACGAGAUAUCGCACGCAGACAUUGUCUACACGUUCUUUCAUCCUCUACUCAGAGACCAGGAGGGCGUCAAUGAGACCACCAUUAGUAUUGCUUCGCCGCCAGGUAACUCAAUGUCCAACAGUUCCCAAGCGAUGUCCCGACGCGACACACUCUAUGGGCCCGCAAUCGCAGGUCAGGUGAAGCUGUCGAUAGUCUAUAAGAACAUGUCAUUAGUGAUAAUGAUAAUGCACGCCAAGAAUCUGGUGUCGAGUCGGUCGACUGCUCCCGAUUCUUAU